GGCUGGCAUUGUGCACACUCCUUCCAUGCAAAACUCGGAAGCAGUCUUGAGCGCCAGCCAGGUGAGGGGUCCCCGGGAGAAACGUGCACAUGGUCCUGCUGAACAAGUCAAGUUCGUCACAGAGGGGCACGAGGAAGACAAACGUGGAGGGUCGUGGCUGGAGCAUGAAGCCCUGGAGCAAGUGCCACCCCAAGAGGAUGGUCACAGAGGGACCGGGACCCCAUCGACCAGAAGUUUUAGAGGCUUCCUCAGCCGUCUUCGCUUUCGGUGUCGGGAGGGGGGAGUGGAGGAUUCGACUGUGUAGCAGCAGCACUUAGGAAGCGUCGAGUUUUUCGACGCUUCUGGCUGACUCAGGACUUGCGGCAAGCGGCAACACUUUUCCGACAAAGUUCAACGGCCGCUACCCAACGGCUCAGACGAGCUGAGACAGAACGGCCACGACCCGUUUGUUCAGAAGGGGGUCCGCGUACGUCCAGAGAAAUCUGUUGUAUUUCCGUGACAGGGGGCCUGGUGACGGACGCCAUAGUCCGGCAAGUAUUCACACGGACAUCCGGACUCCGAGAGAAGAAUUACUAGGACUGCGCUGCGAUCGACGAUGAGAUAUCAGAGAAGUUGUGGGCUGAGGGUAAGCCUGUGACAGUGAUUUCGGAUUUCGGCCAACCUAGGAGGAGGCUCGUGAGGGAGUCACGUAGCAUCAGAGGUGAAGAAGUAAUGGCUUUUGAAGCGACGGACGAAUCGGCGGGAGAGUUGCUGUGUCAAUUGACACCACUUUUUACAGACUCCAUAGAAAGUAGCCGGAUUCGGUACAGAACGACGCGGUUUGUGCUGAGAUGUUAGAUUAGGUAAAGAACUCAAUUAUAUCUAGCCGCUUUCUGCGGUUGCCAGUCCGAUUCGCUUUUGUGAAUAUCCCGGAGAAGCCAGUAACUCAGGAGGCUCAAUCACGUAUCACGAAAGGCUAGGUCCUAAAUGUCCUUCUGCUGCAUCCUCUAAUACAGGUGAACCUUGAACAUUCUGUCAACGUGGAACGGAGUUUGGCCUCACGAGACCGUGCAACAGUGCGUGAUGCUCGAUUGCAUGCUACGCUCCAGGCGAUAAGGUUGGUUGCUAUAAUGCAACACCAAGGUGGUUGUGCAUGGUAAUGUCUUGCUCACGACAUUUCUGCUGAAAAGGAAUGGGGGUUUGUACUUGGGUGAAUUCGGCUAUUUGGUAAGGGUGGGGGCCCAAGCGGUACCGCGUGAUACUGACAACGGUUCACCGACCGAGGUUCGUGCAACCUGAAGCAGAUUUCUCCGUUGUCAUUCCACUCAGGAUGCCUAGGCGCUGCUCUGUUCAUGUAUGGUGCAACAUGUACCAGGAAUCAGGAGAAGGGUUUAUCUACAUCAUUGACUUUUUCCCGCAUAUGAAAGCGUACGCCGGAACAGGCUGAAAUCAUGCUUUCCCAGUUCCGGAACCGUUCCGCCAUUGAUUUUUGACCGCACUACAACCGGUGG